GCCUGGCCGAGUUCGUGCAGUAACGUGGAACUGUCUCUCGCGCAGCACUGAACUGAUGAAAGGCUUUUUCUUUGAUGUUUACAGGAAGACGAUCUGAUUGUUCCGGAGCGCAGCCGGGUUACAUUUCAGCGCUUUAUUAAUUAUUCAGGCUGGGAUCUCAGAACUCCAGGACAGGACAAAGGUCUCUCUCUCUCUCUCUCUCUGUGUUUUUGGCGAUGGAGCAAGAGGACAGCACCGCUCUCACCGAUUUUAAGGACAUCGAGGUGAAAAUGGGCCGGAAAGUACCGGAGAGCCUGGCACGGUCCAUUACGCACCGAGCCAAACCGUGCGAGUCCAGUAGAGCGCAGAGCCACUGCAGCAGUUCUGAGCUGAAACAACUGGAGAGCAAGAUGCUGUUCCUCAAACAGGAAAUGGCACAUCUCCGUGCCAUCGACGUCAAACUGAUGCAGCAGCUCCUUUCCAUCAACGAAGGCAUCGAGUCCAUCCGCUGGAUGAUGGAGGAGCGAGGGGGCGUGGCCAGCCGGGAGAGCAGCUUAAGCGGCAGCCUGUACAGCCUCUCAGACAGCCAGGACGCGUCUCAUCACGGGAGCUUCAGCAGCUUUCAAGACAAGACAGACGAACUGGACGGAAUUUCAGUGGGUAGUUACCUGGACACGCUAGGGGAGGACUUGGAACGUUCAUCCCUUACCGACCAAUCAGACAACUUCAACGACCAGCCUAUUAUCGGGGACGAAACCUUCACUAAAUCUCCGCUUCGACCCAGAGUCGACUCGGACGAGUACUACUGUUUUGGAUAACGCCGACCUGAACUGCCAAGGAUUAUAGCGUGUCUUAAUCUGCUGGUCCUGCGGUCAACUUAAUAAAUGAAUGGAAGUGUUGGUAGUCCAAGCUAAAGGUUAGCUAUUAGCUGUUGUAGCAAGUGCUGCUCCUGUUCAUGGGUCACCAGAUUGUUAUUGGCUGACCUUGAGUUUCUAAGACCUGGAUCAUUUGCAAAAGAACACUUUCUUCUAAAGCACAACAUUUCCAGGGAGUAAAGUUUUAUAUUGUGGAAAGUUUUUAAUUAUUCAAAACUGUUCAUGCCUCAGCGUUUAGGUCCAAGGAUUAACCUUGCUUACUUUCCUCCAGCAAGUGUUGUUAUAGAAGUUAGCACAAAGAUUACUCAAAAAGGGACCCAAGUGGACAUUUCCCACACUGAAAGCAGAAAUUCCCCGACCAUAAAGCAUAGCUUCACCAAGUUUCAGCACACAUUAACAUUAAUGUUUGAAUGAAUGUUGAAACAGUUAAGUAAGUAGCAUUAAUGUGCAGCCAGUCCGUGGUCAGUGAAGCUUUUUUAAAAGGGGGGGGUUGGCGUUCUGGAAGUGGAAUUUCUGAUCCUAUGCCAAAUUGACCUAUAACAAAAAUAUUUUCCUUUUUUUUUUUUUUUUCUUUUAAGGACUGACAAUGCCUAACCUAGUCUGUAUUUGAAUUCCUCAUCGAACUGUUAACACUGUUUUUAUAAAGCGGACCUUUGAGACUUCCUUGUCCACUUUUUUAAAAACUUUUUUGUUUUUGUACUGUCGCAAAAGACAUAACAGAGUCAUCUGGUUAAUUUUGAACCCGGACUUGAGUGCGAGUGUGCUGUGUGUGAUUUUAUACAUUUCGGUUGUACUGUAAAAUAUUCAAACCAGUUGCUCCUAAUUUAUUACGGUACUGUUUUUAAAUUGUAUUUUGUGGUGAAAAUGUUAUAAUAUAUU